CACCCCUUUCAUUGUAAGACCAGACUCGACAGGAUCAAACCACCCGCAUACAUCGACGUCGUCCAUGGCUUCUUCUGAUCUCUCCGGGAUCCUCCCUCGCGUCCUCAUCGUCUCGCGCCGCACCGUUCGCAAGAACAAGUUUGUCGAUUUCGUCGGUGAAUAUCACCUUGAUCUCAUAGUGGGAUAUGGCGCCGUCCCCGUAAUAGUCCCCCGCGUGAACGGGGUCCACAUGCUGCUCGACAGCUUCGAGCCGAUCCAUGGCGUCCUCCUCUGCGAGGGCGAGGACAUCGACCCGUCACUCUACGAGCCCGAGGAUGCCACCAUCACACUCUCCCCCGAGGAGCUUGAGGAGGUGCGGAGGCUCCACGCGAGCGACACAGCCAUCGACCGUGAGAAAGACACGAUCGAGCUCCGCCUUGCGAAGCUGUGCCUCGAGCGCAACAUCCCUUACUUGGGGAUCUGCAGAGGCUCGCAGGUCUUGAAUGUUGCAUCUGGAGGCACGCUUUAUCAAGACAUUGAGAGAGAGGUCAGCAGGAAUUUUGCCCAAGAGAAGAGAGUGGCUCACAUAAAUUACAAUGAUUAUGAUGGGCAUAGACAUGCGGUCAGGGUGUUGGAGAAGACUCCAUUGCAUGAGUGGUUUAAGGACUCAUUGGAGGACAAGACGAUGGAGAUAAUGGUGAAUAGUUAUCACCACCAGGGGGUCAAGAGACUGGCUCAGAGGUUUGUUCCCAUGGCCUUUGCCCCUGAUGACUUGAUCGAAGGGUUCUACGAUCCGGAUGCUUAUAAUCCUGAAGAGGGCAAGUUCAUCAUGGGCCUCCAGUUUCACCCUGAGCGGAUGCGGAAGCCCGACUCCGACGAGUUCGAUUACCCAGGUUGCCCGUUCGCCUAUCAGGAGUUUGUGAAGGCUGUGAUUGCGUACCAGAAGAAGCUUAUUAGCUCGACUUCGGUCCCAAGGCCACUGAAACUUGAUCAAGAAAUGGAGAAGAGGAGGAGGAUGAUCGUCCGCAGUUUUUCACUGGCCAAGAAUCUGUAUACGACCGGCCAAGGGCUGAACCCAUCCAAAGAGUCCGAACUUAAAGCGGGUGCAGAAUUUCUUGAGUCGAACACGGCAUUGAGUUUGCAACAAGAGAAGAGGUUGAAGCAGAUGGGUGCGACAGUGAGGAACGCUGGGUCAUACAUCGAGAGGCUCAAGUUGAACGAAGAAAGAGAGAAGAUGGCAAGGAAUGUGAUUGGGAAGAUGUCGGUCGAACAAUUAUCUGAUCUGAUAUCCUUCUACAGAAUGAUGGAGCAGAUAUGCUCAGAAGUCCUGGAGAGAAAGCUUCAGGGCAUCGUGAACGACCUAAACACAUAGGGUGGUAUUAGGUUCAUCAUUCUG